AUGAACCUAAGACAAGUCUUUGUGUCUGUACUGAUGUUUGGAGUAGCUGGUCUACUCCUCUUCAUGUAUCUACAAGCUUGGAUUGAAGAACAACAUACAGAGUCUGGAGAAAAAUUGCAACAACAGAUAAUUAAUCAGGAUUUCACGCUCCCACCUCCAGGGACGCCGAGGAGAGCAGCGUGGAGCAGGAGCACUCCUCCUGGCCUCAGGAAGCACAAGAUGGCCAUGUCAGGCAGCAGGCACUGGUGGAACAAAGCUGACCCUUUCAGUGUGGUGGCUGCAUCCUUGGUGAGCCAGCUGUCUGACCAGCAGAAGAUGAGUGAGUCCCCUCUCAGCCGGUUCAGAGGGGUAUAUUUACCUCCUGCACUGCACCCUUUAAACAAGACGUUCAUCAAGGGUGGCAAGUGGAAGGAUGUGGAUAGUGCCCAGGAAAAGCGCAGGUCCUUCCUCCGUGACUUCUGUAAGAAAUACAACAGCAGAAAGAAGCUUCAAACCCACCUCAUGCACCUGGUGUCAAGAAUUUACGUGGAGGACAGGCACAAGGUCCUCUACUGCGAAGUGCCGAAAGCAGGCUGCUCCAACUGGAAAAGGGUCCUCAUGGUGCUCAAUGGACUCGCUGCUUCAGCACACAACAUUUCCCACGACGAUGUGCACUAUGGAAAGCAUCUAAGGAAACUGGACAGUUAUGACCUAAAAGGGAUAUACACACGCUUGAACAUGUACACCAAGACCAUAUUUGUACGUGAUCCUAUGGAAAGACUGGUAUCUGCCUUCAGGGAUAAGUUUGAACAUCCAAACAGCUAUUACCAUCCAGUAUUUGGGAAGGCAAUAAUUAAGAAGUAUAGACAAAACGCAAAUGAAGAGGCAUUGAAAACAGGAUCAGGAGUUAAGUUCAAGGAGUUCAUCCAAUAUUUGUUAGAUUCCCAUCGCCCAGUAGGAAUGGACAUUCAUUGGGAGCAAGUCAGUAAGCUCUGCUAUCCCUGCCUCAUCAACUAUGAUUUUAUAGGAAAAUUUGAAACCCUGGAAGAAGACGCCAAUUACUUUUUGCAGCUGGUAGGUGCUCCGGCUGAGCUGAAGUUUCCUAAAUUCAAAGACAGACAUUCCUCUGAUGAGAGAACAAGUGCAGAAGUAGUGAGGCAAUACUUAAAGGAAUUGUCUAAGGAGGAGAGACAGCUGACCUAUGACUUCUAUUACUUGGAUUACUUAAUGUUCAAUUAUACAUCACCAAUUGUAUAG